AUGCCCCGCAAGCUGCCGUUCAGCGCCAAGCGGAAAAAGCAACAGCUCCGGGACCGGCGGGAGCGGAAACGGGGAGAUGUUCCCGGUUCGGGUCCCGGCAGCCGCAGCGGGAGCCGCGAGCGGGGCGGGGAUGGCGGCACCGGGGACGCCCCCACGGAACCGGCCCGGAGACGGCACGACCCCGGCAGGUUCCGUCUGCAGCUGGGGGGGCCCCGGGCCCUGAGCGUGCCCCCCGCCCUGGCCGCCCACGUGACGCAGGAAUUGGGGAAGGGUCUCAUCCUCAUCCUCAACAAGGUGGACCUGACCCCUCCGGCCGUGGCCGCGGCCUGGACGCAGCUGCUGAGGGCUCGCUUCGGCCCCGCCCGCGUGGUGCCCUUCAGCACCGCAACAGCCGCAGCUACAGCCGGAAACACCGCCGCAGCUACAGCCGGAAACACCGUUGACCUCAGCAGCUGGCGGGCGCGGCUGGAUCGGGCGGAGCAGCGCCCGGAGGAGGAGGAGGAGGAGGAGGAGCCGGAAGUGGGCGUGGCCGAGGAUGCAGAUGAGGAUGAGGAGGGCUCGGGGGGCGUGGCCCCGCCCCGGAAGUGGGAGCGGUACCGGCACGGCGUGCUGACCCUGGGCUGUGUCGGGCUGCCAAACGCGGGGAAGUCGUCGGUGCUGAACGCUCUGCUGGGCCGCAGCGCGGUGGGCGUGUCCCGCGCCCCCGGCCGCACCCGCUACUUCCAGACCCAUUUCCUGACGGCCUCGGUUCGGCUCUGCGACUGCCCCGGCCUCGUCUUCCCCUCCCGCGCCCCGCCCGAGCUCCAGGUCCUGGCAGGGGUGUACCCCAUUGCCCAGCUGCAGGACCCCUACUCGGCCGUGGGGUUCCUGGGGUCCCGCCUGGCCCUGCCCCCGCUGCUGCAGCUGCGCCCCCCAAACGGCCCCGGCUGGACGGCCUGGGAGCUCUGCGAAGCCUGGGCAGAGAAGAGGGGCUACAAGACGGCGCGGGCGGCUCGUAACGACGUGGCCCGAGCGGCCAACGGGAUCCUGCGGCUCGCGGCCGAGGGGCGGAUCCGGCUCUGCCUCACCCCCCCGGGCUUCACCCGCCAAAAAGAGCACUGGGAGCUCCACCCCGACACCGCGGCCUUGGCGGCCAUGACGGGGGGAGGGGCGGCCACCCCUCCCCCGCCCGGGGACGGCUCCACCUCCGAGGACGAGGAGGGGGAGGGCUCAGACCAAGCCACGCCCCCUCCCAGCCCCACCCCCAACCCCUUUGCCUUGCUGGGAGAGGACGAGUGCUGAGCCCCGCCCCCUCCCGGGGCAGCGGCCAAUCAGAGCACGGUGGGUUAUCGCAUCGCCAUAUAUGGAAUAAAGCCUGGUUUAUUUCUGCAGAGCUGAUUGGCUGCUCGGGGCCGGGCGGGGACCAAUCAGAGCGCAGGGGCGGGGC